UUCUCUUCAAUUUUAAUUCAAUAAAUUUUUUUUGAGAGAAGAGAGACUUUUGAGCAAAAUAAAUAAUUUUAUCAAAUAAAAAAUUUACUCACACAUUUCAGUCUGAAUUAGUUUACGUUCAAGAAUUGUUCGUUUUUAAUAAUUUUCGCUUAAAAAUGCCUCAUAAAGUCUAUUUAUGGGCUGAUCCUAUCUCCGAUGGGCUUGUAACAAGUUUUGUCUAUCACACAACGAUUUGUAUUGAAUUCGAUAAUGGCAUCAAAUAUUUGUUCUCUUACAAUGACAAAGGAUUAAACACAUCUCCAGCGGGAAAGCAAAAGCCUGAAAAGAUUCAUUAUCUUGGAGAAACUGAAAAAUCCUUACCUGAAGUCAUUCAAUAUGCGUAUGAACUUCAAAGCACGAAAUAUUGUUCCUACGACGUUUUAACCCGAAACUGCAACCAUUUCUGUAACGAUUUGUCUCUAUGGCUCUGUGGCGAAAUCAUUCCCGGGCAAUACAUAAUGCAAAGUAUGCUCGUGGCUACUAAUCCUGUGUUGUUAGUUGGUUGUUUGGCAUUCCAAUCGGGAUCUUCAAAGUCAUCAUAAACCUUUUUCAUCAAAAAUUUCAUCACAAAAUGAGAUUAUGAGUCAUCAAAACCGGCAAAAAUUAUUCUCUCAUUAAAUUUCUCUCAAUUCAACACAUUUACACGUCAAUAAAAGCAAAUAUUUCAAUCGUCAAUUAUAAAAUACGAAAUCUAUGUAUGAGUGAGUCUAUUUAAAAUUCCGAGAAUUGUUUGCGAAUUCAGUAUCAAAGUGUUUCUUCACAUGAAUUGAUAAAUUUUACGACUUUAAUUUAAAUUUUUUGAUCGAAAAAUGUCUCACGACGUCUUUUUGUGGGCUGAUCGACUGACAAAUAACGUACUUGCAAGUGCCUUUUUCCACACCUCAAUUUGCAUCAAGUUCGAUAAUGGUCUAAAAUAUGUGUUUUCGUACAAUGAUCAAGGGCUGAACACAUCUCCAGCGGGAAAUCGAAAUCCUGAACGAUUACAUUAUCAGGGGACAACGAACAAAUCCUUGCCAGAAGUCAUUCAGUAUGCCUAUCAUCUUCAAAGUACGAGAUAUGCAACGUACGACGUCGCUACGACAAAUUGCAAUCAUUUCAGCAACGAUUUGUCGGUUUGGUUGUGCGGCGAGAUAAUUCCUGUGAAUUAUAUCAUGCAAGGAGUGAUAGCAGCACCUUUGAAAGUGUUUGGGGGAUCGUCUUCGUUUGGAUCGAGAUCGUCUUUUUCAUGAUAAUUACGUUUCUUUUUGAAAAAAUAUUGAAUUAUUCGCUAAAAAUAAAAGAAAAAUAUUUUUAUUUAAAAAAAAUUAUUUAUAAUUUUAUUAAUUUUUUAAA